AUGCCAAGUCGGCUCAGAACGGCACCACUGUGGCAGGAGGAAAUGGACGUGGCAGUGGGUUCAAUCAACUCAAUUGCCCAUUCGGUUUGUAUGUUGAUGAAGAUCAAACAAUCUACAUCGCUGACUGGGGGAAUCACCGCACAAGGUGAUCGUCUCGAUCAGCUCAAUGAACCUCACUUCCUCUUCGUCGAUCGAGAUCACUUGUACGUGUCGGACGACCACAAUCAUCGUGUGAUGAAGUGGUUGAAGAGCGCGAAAGAAGGUGUUGUUGUGGCCGGUGGUCGAGGUGAAGGAGAUGCUCUGACACAAUUACACUGGUCCAACGGAGUGAUUGUCGAUCAAUUGGGCACUGUCUAUGUGGUUGACCUUGGGAAUCAUCGAAUAAUGUGUUGGCCGCAAGAAGCCAAACAGGGAACUAUUAUUGUUGGUGGAAACGGCCUAGGAAAUCAAGCAAACCAGCUCAUUUAUCCCACCGGUUUGUCAUUGGAUCGACAGAACAAUUUCUAUGUCGCCGAGAUGAACAAUCAUCGAGUGCAAAGAUUCUCAAUGAACUAG